AUGGCAUUCAGUAAUGAUAGCAAAGAGGAAGUUUUACUGAUAUAUCAGCAAAUAUUCCAGGUUGGACUGACUGAGGGACCAAUAUCAAAAGUCACUUUUUCAAUAUUAAUGUCUCUGUUCUUUAUCUAUUUGAAUGCUAUCAUGGUUUAUACUCUUAGGAGUAAGCCUGUUUUUAAAGAGACGCCACGCUACAUUCUGUUUACACACAUGCUUCUAAAUGACUCGAUACAUCUCCUUUUUUCCUCUUUGUUGUAUAUUUUAGGUCUGGCUUAUCUCAAGUUAGUCUUGGCUACUUGUGCUUUUUUGGUUUUUGUUUCUGCUACAACUUUUAAUAACGCACCUUUAAACCUUGCUGUGAUGUCACUAGAGCGUUAUGUGGCUAUACGCUUUCCUCUAAGACAUGCUGAAAUAGCCACUCAGAAAAGAACUUAUAUUGCCAUUGGAAUUAUUUGGUUUAUUGGUUCUAUAAACUUCAUAAUUGACUUGCUGUAUGGAGUAGUGACGGAUUCCAGCCUUUUCACAACACAAAUAUUUUGCACAAGAGAAAGACUUUUCUUAAAGCAAUGGCAGGUAGAUGUUUAUCGAGGCGUUAGCAUAUUCUACUUUGUGUCAGUGUCUGUGAUCAUCAUUUUCACUUAUAUCAGCAUAUUGAUCACAGCCUGGUCCAUUUCAUCCAAUAAAGACUCUGCUGCAAAAGCUCACAAGACCGUGCUGCUGCACCUCAUUCAGCUGGUGCUGUGCCUCACCUCUUUUCUCUACAGCAUUAUAGAGCGAGCUGCAGCAAUGGCUGGCAGCAGCAGCCUCUUUUUGGAUUUGCGUUAUCUGAAUUAUUUAUUUGUGCUGAUCUUGCCACGUUGCCUAAGCCCACUCAUCUAUGGACUGAGAGACGAUGCUGUACGACCUUUAUUUAUCUACUACUUCCGCUUUGGUACAUGCAUUCACAAGUCUACAGUCAAUGUACGCUGAAUUGAAGCAAUGUUCAGAUGCUUAAGCAUGCUUGUUAACUUUUAUUUAAGA